GAUAGAUGACGAAAAACUGAUUCAGCUCGUAUCCACCAACAGGGAGCUUUUUGACAAAUCCUGCGCUGGAUAUAAGUUGUUGGAGCGAAAAAAUGAUAUAUGGAGGCACAUAGCAAAGGAGAUGGACAGUAUAGAUGAACAGUGUUCGCGAAGGUGGUUGGCAUUGAGGGAAAGGUACGCCAGGGAGAUACGACGACUCAAUGCUCCAUCUGGAAGUGGAGCAUCGGCCGAAAAAGUUUGGCCAUUAAUGGACUCGCUACAGUUUUUAAAAAAGCAUAUAAUUCCACGGAGGUGUAGAACGAGCAAAAACCUUAUCGAUUCCUUGCCGCCAUCGCCGCAGGAUCUUAGUCCAUCGCCAUCAAUUUUGGAGCAAAGUGCGCAGCAUUUAUCAUCAUCACCUAUUACGGUUCCAGAGUUGUGUCAAAGCGAUUUAUCGCCCUCCCCGUCAGGCUCCAUGUCAGCAAAUCGUAAGCGGGUAAAAAAAGAGGGGCAACGAACACGAUAUGGACAAGUUAUUCUAUGAGAGUGGAGAUGUUCAAGCAGGCGUGCACAACUCCUGAAGCGGCAGGUGAAAACGACGUUGUUGAUAACUUCACAAAGAUGAUGCAGGCAUCAACCAAGCAGAUG